GGUGCAUUAUUAUUCUUAUUAUUAUCCAGUGCGUUUUUGUCUUGGCGUCUACUUUCUUUCCUUUGCUCCGCUUCGAGAUGAGCAAACCCAACCUCUGACACCCAAAUCCCUUCGUCAUCACCGUCACCAUCCUCUGUAACCAACUUCUCUUAUAACUCUUUUCUUUAUUUCUUUUUUUUUUUUUUUGCUUUGCCCUUUUUCUUUUUCUCGCCGAGUUAACUCGCUGCUCUUGCGAUUCAGUGAGCUAUGGCGACUCAAUCCCAGGCUCCUCCUUCCGACGAAAAUCCGCCCAAACCAGGUCUUACACAAGCAGCAACCGAGAAUCAUACACAAGCAGCAACCGAGAAUCAACAAGAUGUCCAGGCGGACGCUCCUAAACAAAGUUCUCCAACAUCGGUGUUUGUGAACUCAGAACCAAUGCGCGAGGAGCAAGUACAAAAUGCGGUGAAAUUCCUUUCACACCCAAAAGUUAGAGGCUCUCCUGUUGUGUACAGACGAUCUUUCCUUGAGAAGAAGGGCCUAACGAAGGAGGAGAUAGAUGAGGCCUUUCGGCGUGUGCCUGACCCACCUCCAACUGUACAGACUGGUGGAGGAAAUCAAGCGGAUGGACUGAAGACAUCACAAGGCAUGCAGACACAAUCCCCAGUACAACCUCUGCAACCUGCAGCAGCUGCUCCUACGAAUGCUAUUUCCCCUGUGGCUCCACGAUACCGCUUCCACUGGUCUCACGCUGUGCUUGCUGUCGGAUUAUUGGCUGCUUCAGGGGCUGGAACAGCUGUAAUAAUCAAGAAUGCUAUUAUUCCUAGAUUGAAGUCUUGGAUUCGCAAGGUUGUCUCGGAAGAAGAAAACGACUCAGUCAAGAAAACAGAUUCUCAACCAAGUUUAGCAGAGGAAGCAGCAGCUGCUGCAAAAGCAGCUGCAGCCGCAGCAGCUGAUGUGGCAAAAGCAAGCCAAGAAAUGAUGAAUUCAAAGAAUGAAGAAAAGAGGUACUUUGGAGAGCUCAUGAAUAUGUUGAAUGUGCAAGUGCAAGAAAUGAAGUCAAUGAGUAAUUCCAUACAGAAAUUGGAAGGUACAAAGAAAUUGGAAGGCGAAACAAAUGCCCUUAGGAGAAACUCUCUGAUUGAUCAGGACGAUCAUCAAUUCAAUGUCAUAAAUUCAAAGAGACCAUAUGCCAAUGGCAAAGCGGACUAUGACUCACGUUCAGUUAGAUCUGCCUCACCUCCUGCGGCUGCAGAACCAUCAGUUGCACCUCACCCAAAGUCUUACAUGGAAAUUAUGGCCAUGGUCCAAAGAGGGGAGAAACCUCCUAAUGUCAGGGAGAUUAAUGAUUCACCUCCGAACCCUAAUCAGCAACUAUCAAAUCCUCGGUUAGCUCCAAGAGCUAAGCCUUGGGAGGUUGGUCAGGCCCAGAACUAUUCAAGCCAGGUAACUCAGUCUCAAGCAAGCAGUGAAGGCGUAUAUUCCAAUGUGCAAGACAAUGGGAUCAAUUACUCUUCAAAUGGGGAUAGUUCGGUGCCCUGGUGGCAACGGAGAAAUCCAAGAAUCACCGAAAUUGAAAAUGAAGACGAAUUCAAGUCAGGGUCUUAUAGUACUCAAACUACUGAGGUCCCAGUUAGGCGUGCAUGGGUUCCUCCCCAGCCACCCCCAGUUCAAAUGGCAGAAGCAGCUGAAGCCAUCCGAAGGCCAAAACCUUCGGUGCAAAAAGAGUCUUCAGAUGAUGACCAAUUGGAAGCAAGCUCGGCUGGUGUAACCGAUGAGUUGCAGAGGGUCACAAAAGUAUCCGAAUCUGGAGGUGCAGUUGAAAUCAAUGGUGGGAGCUCAGGGCUGAGCUCAAGUGAGAUACAAGAAGCUAAAGAUGAAAUAUAUGGGUGAUCCGAGUAACCAAACCAUCAUACAUAAGGUCUUGCACGUUCUGAUGCCUACCAGGAAUUGUUUUUCUGUCAAGAAUCCCAGACGGGUUUUGUGUUUGCAUUUUCAACUGUAUAAUUAUUAGUAAAUCAGUGCAUGAUGUAUCAAUUUGAUGUAAAAGUCCGUCUCUGUUGACUUUGAGGAUUUGGUGGACGAUUAGUUCAUAAAUUUAGAAUUAUAUUUCAGAAUUAUUCU